CACCCGAUUGAACCCAGAACCUAACCUCCUAGGUUUCCUUUUUUGUUUUCUUCCAAUAUCAAGAAUGCAUGUGACGAACUCAAUCGGUCCCAAGCAGCUGACGCUUCGAACACUGCUGCAACAAACCGAACAUCGAUGUCUACGAAAGAUAUCCUCGAUCCAUCUGCGGUGUUAUCUUCACUCCCAGAGUUACUUCCGUCUGACGACAAACUUUUAAAUGCGCCUCAAGAUGGAAUAGCCGCGCUUCUGCAUACUGUAAUGACGUUAAUCGGCAGCCGCCUUGUUGGGCUGGAUGAUUCAGCGACAGAUGCUGAAUACGAUAAUAACGCACUCCCUUCUGAAUGGAAGAAGCACUCUCCCGAUUCGUAUGGCUUUAGGUACAGGCAUGAGCAGAGCAGUUUGGUGUUUUUCUUGAAGAUCGUGAAGUUGUCGAAGCGACUAGUCGUUCACGGCAUAGCAUUGGAGGACGAUAAAACGUAUACGCUGGAGAUUCCUGUUUCUGAUUUCACGUCUGAAUCAGCUUUCCCCUAUGACACAGCGUCAAAUGCAUCUCCCCUUAUCCAUGCCUUCAUUACAUCGGCCCGUGCCAAUGACCUCAUAUCUAGUUUCAAAUUGUGCAUUCUUCAAAAACUGAUCCCGAGCCUUCAAAAGGAGGGCUACGAAGAAUCAAAUGAACCCAGUGCUCAAUCUUCCCAAACAACCUUUCAACCCAUCCCAGUCCGACCUGCCCCACCUCUGCAACCGUCAAAUCCAGAACCAUCUCAACCGUUCCAACUCCCCUACCCUCCUUCCGGUCCCGGAAGGAACCCCCUCGAAAUUGGUCGUUCAGACCUAGAACCUCUCGGUGGAUUGGGUCGAAACCCCUUCGCACCUCCUUCCGCCUUCCCCGGGGGAGACGGGAUGUAUGUCGGACCAUCACAUCCCAUGUUCCGAGAUAGAAUGGAUCCGCUGCGCCAGGGCAGUAUUGGGACUGGAGGACCCCGCUGGGGAGGGGAUGGAUUCCUGCCUCCUAUGGGUGCUCCCCCAGGAGCAAGGUUUGAUCCUGUGCAUCCGUUCCCGCCUCGACCUCAUGGUGGGCUUGGACCUGGAUUUCGCAGUGGACGUGGGACCGGUGGAACGCAGUUCGGUCCCGGUAGGUCGGGAGGUCCUGGAGAUCCCGAUAAUGACGAAUUUUUACCACCUGGCUUUAAUAACGAUAUGUACAUGUAAUCUUCCUCAGCAUUUUCCUGGUC